AUGAGUGGGCUCAUUCCUUCUUCACUGAUCGAAACCAUCGUUCGGCAAGCCCGUCGUCUCUCAAAUCAGACAGAUUCUCAUCCGCCUUACGAUGACGACCUAGCCGAUUCGCUACCGAUUACACAAAGCAGCAGCUCUUCAGCAACCUACGACGGCAAUGACCACACCGAGGUAUCAAGUAGGAAUGUUGAUCAUGAGACUUUAGCGACAGGAUUGAACGGAGAUUGCUCGGAUGCUGGGGGUACUCCUUCCGUACUUUCCCCACCCGCGCCGUCUGAACUGAGCAGUCGGCGCCAUGAUGUGUCACCAAGCCAGUCUCGUUCUGGAACGGCAAUUGUAGUAUCGCAGAGCCGUCAUGGCCUGAGUGAUACUGAACCUGUUGAUGGCGUUCGAACGUACACUGCACCUGAAGUAACGAGAGCUGACUCUCCGCCUGUCUCCCCGCGAAAUAUGGUCUUCGAGGCAAAUCCAAGUGCGCAAGAGUCACAUCGUUUGUCUGCCCGUCAUGACAAUCUUGAUGACAUUGAUGACCAGUUCUUGCUUCCGGAGGACGACGGAAUGGGAGUUCUGAGAAAGAAGAUCCACGCUAUUCGGGACCUCCAAUCCAGCAAUGAGGAAAAAGCACGUAUGAUCCAUGAAUUGAUGACUGAGAGGUAUAAUGCUUCUCAGGGAAAGAAGAACUUAAUGUCGACCUCACCGAGGGCACUGUCGUCAUCUAGCCCUCAACUAUCCGAGCGAUCUGUGACUCCAAUUUCUCGCUCUGGCAGCCUGUCCUCCGAACAUGCGCCUACCAAUCCAGCUUCAACAACCCCAACCAGCCACCAAAUCGAGGACACAUACAAAUUAACCGCCGAAGACCUGGAACCCACAUUUUUUCCUAAGCCCGAAUCGGACUCGCCCGUGUGCGAUUUUGGGGAUGCGGAUGCCGAGGACGUCGAGGUGGCCUGUUUAGGUUGCCGACAUUAUAAAAGGAACGUCAAACUACAAUGCUUUGCGUGCAAAAAAUGGUACACUUGCCGCUUCUGCCACGAUGAGGUAGAAGAUCAUCACCUCGAUCGACCGAAGACGGAGAACAUGCUGUGCAUGCUCUGUGGACAUGCUCAGCCUGCCGCAGCAGUCUGUCGGCAAUGCAGUGAACAUGCUGCGCAAUACUAUUGCAACAUCUGCAAACUCUGGGAUAACGAUUCGAACAAAAGUAUUUACCAUUGCAAUGAUUGUGGUAUCUGCCGUAUCGGUCAGGGUCUCGGAAAGGAUUUCUUUCACUGCAGGACGUGUAGUAGUCAGCCCAUGCCCGCAGAAUUCAAGGAUAGUAGCGCACUGAUUCACUGCAAUGAUUGUGGUGCGAAAUCAGUUGUCCGAUAUCACUGGUUAGGCUUGAAAUGUGACAUGUGCGAAUCAUACAAUACUGCCCAGAUCCGCCUGCUACAUGGCGAGGUCUCGGAUUCUCUUGAUCGGGUCGGCGAAGAUAACAGGGAUGUGUCUGCUUCUCCGAUGCCAUCCUCCUCGCACGGUGCGGAAGAAGAAGCUGCCAUUUCAUUGCCACUGGCCCAGUUGCGGGUUGAUACGAGCUCUCCCUCUGGAGCAGGUUCGAGUCCACGACUUACCGCGUCGUCAUCUGCAGAGCAGAAUGGACGUUUCUCCUCGUAUAGCCUGACUCGAGGUCGUGCUGUCUCACCAGUCAUCAGUAAUUAUUUCGGACUGCCUCCGGACCGUGAGUCCAACAGAUCGAAGUCGACUCUACCUUUUUUCGGCGACCUUGCCGGAAAAGAUAGUAAUGACCAUGCCGGUGGUAAACUUCGUUUGUGGGGAACAAAUAUUAAAUACAAAUACGGCUUCCUCGACCGAGAAACAGAAUCAGCGGACGGGACCUCGGAGGUCGAGGAGGAAGGAGAUGACGGCGACGACGGUGACGACGGUGACGACUCAACAGAUGGCGAAUCAAUGGCAAGCGGCGAAGCCGAUUGUGGAGACACAGAAGAAGACGAUGAUGAAGACGAAGGCAUUGAUAUUUUUGGACACCGAUGA